AUGGAAACAGAUGCUCCUGAAUCCAUAUGCCUGUUGGUCCUUGAAGGCAUUAGCCUGAACUCCUACGACCAGAAAGAAUAUAUUGGAAGAAGCGUCUACUACUGGAAGAAUAUUUUGUUUAGCUUGAAAACUAUCAAAAAGCACAGAAGUAUUCCUGAACCUGCUGAUCCUCUCUUCAAGCAUUUCCAUAAUGUGGACAUCCAGCUUUGUCAAAGAAAGGCAGAGGAGGUUGAGAGUGAUGAUAUGCUACCAGAAGAACAGGAAGAACGCAAAGCCUAUCUUGUUAAAAGGAAGCAUUACCUGAUGAAGAUCAUUGAUGAAAACUCCUCUGACCCGUCAGUAGUUGACAAACUGCCGGUAUCUGUUAAAGCUGUCAUGGAAAUGCUGAAUGCAGUGAUCCGGGAGCUUGGAGAGAACGAUGAAGAGGGAAGUCUUGCCUCUGGAAAUAUCUCACGAGCUGCACACGUGGAAAUGAAAUAUUCAGUUCCAUCACCCAAGAAGUUCUCUUUCUCACCAACUAAUACCUACCAGGCUCUCCCUCAGUGGGCAGAAGAUCACAAGUCCUUACUUCAAAAGCUGUGUCAGCAAAUGGAAGCUUUAAAGUUGCUACCUCUGGCCCAUCUGUUUACAGUAGCCAGUCACCUGCUUGUAACUCGCAUUGUCUUUGAAGAACUGCUGCAACCAAUGUACCACCAACAAAGGCUUCCUGAGGAGUGUCUGUCCCCUCUCCACUACUGUUGGGCAACAGUACUGUUGGCCUCCACUAGCAGGAACCCAGCUGCUGCCAGGAAGAGGACUCUCUACCUGCCACUCAUCAGUACAAAUGGAUUUGAGGCACGGGAUGAAGAAAGGGAGUCUCCACGGGGCCUUUUGCCCAAGUGCCACAAAUUCUCUCUGGCGAGCACAAUGCAACAGAUGAGCCCUUCCCAGGAUAGAGUUCUUCAGUUCUCCAUGUCCUUCCUUCUCCUUCAAAACAGGGGCAACUCUCAGGCCAUAGGCCCCAACUCUGUCGUUUCUGGGUUGCCAUGGAACACUGCUGAUGUCACUGCCUAG